AUGAGCAAGCGCUCAUACCAAGAGUCAUUCUCUCCCGGUGGCUCGCAGCCGCCGGAGCAUAUCGAUAACAGUCAUAAUGGUUUAUUACCUAUCAAUGACCUCCUCUCACCCACGCAGGACCAGCCACAGUCGGCAGCCUCGAGCAAAAAGCCUCGGAAUUUUAUUGCCACAGUCGCAUGCGAAACAUGCAGGCUCAAAAAGACCCGAUGCGACGAAUCCCGACCAAAAUGUGGUCUGUGCAAGUCCCUCGGCUUAGAGUGCGUCUACAACGAACGCAAAUCGUCCAAACGAGACCACUCACUCAGCUUGAUCAUGAGCACUCUCCAUCGAAUGGAGACCAAACUAGAAAGUCUUCCGUCAUCCAUCUGUAAUGAUUUACAGUCACGGCAGAGGCCCAUUCCUCGAACUAUUGAUAGCCCAUUAGAUACGAGCACCCCAGGCCGCAGCAGUCAGAUUAUCAACGUCCGACCGUCUGUUCCGAACCCCCUGGCACAAGGCCUUACUCCUGACGCUAUAGAACACGACGAUUUUGAGUUUGAUGAGCAUCAAAAGGUCACAAACUCGAACGGGCUAGUAUCAAUCUCCUUCAGCCAACAUGGGGUGAUUCUCUGGCCAGGGGCCCGGGAUAUUCUCCCCAAGAGAUUACUCGAAGCCCAUGAAAGGCUAGGGAAGAACUAUGUUAUCGACAUGGAGGUCAAAAGGCCUCAGCUCCCAAUGUACAUUUGCCCAUAUCCUCCGCAGGCUGGUGAUGACUGGCUAGAGGCACUUCCGCUGGCAAUGAUCAAAGGUCUCUCUGAUGCAUUUUUUGCCACAUUCAAUCCUUUCACCCCAAUUAUGGAUAAGAAUUUCUACUUUGCAUUCACAAUCUGGGCAGCAAUUGAGAGCGGAUUCGGCUACACAAUAGAAAGCUGCCUGGUUUUAAACAUUUUAGCAUUGGGCUGUCAUGCUGUUCAAGCUCAUCAAGAAGGGAAUUAUCCGCUACCCGGCACACGGAGCAAUCGUUUUGAGCCGCCAGACUGGAUGGCAGUGAUCCAUGAGGAGCCGUUGGGCCUACGUUUCUUCAAUGAGGCCCGUCGACGCAUUGGCUUCUUGAUGUGUGAUAACGACCUUCAGAGCUGUCAAUUCUAUAUGCUGUCAUCGGUCUAUUACAGCCAAAUCCUCCGUCCGAUGGAUGCGUGGGCUAUGAUUCACCGCGCUGCUACGUGCUGUCUCCAAAUGCUGACCAACCACGACGUCAAUUUCGAUGAAUGGGAGGGUGAUAUGAAAUCCCGCGUAUACUGGAACUGCUUAAUGAACGAAACCAUCCUCGUGCAAGAACUGCAUCUGCCUCCCAGCGGCCUAGCCCGACUCGAGGAAUUCGUGCCCAUUCCAAAAUUCAUCAGCUUCGAAACCGUUGGCUUGGUACCCCCUCGAUCCGCCUCACAAGAGCUAGACGACUCCUUCUUUCAAUACCAUUUCCUCGCGCAGGUCGCCCACCGCAUCAUCCUCACUCGCAUCCGCCAUUCAUUGUACUUCUACUCCGACUCAGGGACCUUCCCUCUCCCAGCUAUCAACGCAGAGCUCCACCACCAACUCGAGCAAUGGCGUCUCAACCUCCCACCCGCCAUCCAAUUCCAAGAUACCCAUGCAGCCACCCCAGUAAACCCCAAUAACGCCACCACAACCCCCAUCACAUCGCCGUCAACCCCCAUCUCCCCCCUCCCUCUAGACCCUAACCGGCCGCUCUCCCCCGCAACUGCCGUCUCAGAAGCAAUGCUCCGCGGCCGCUUCAAGAUCGCCAAAUUCCACAUCGGCCGUCCAUACCUCUACAAAGCCCUCCGCAUCCCCGCCUCCCUCUCGGAAGACGAUCUCGAGCAAGUCCGCAGCGGCCUCCAAAACGCCAUGAACUGGCCCGUCGUCGGCGGCAUCUUCCAGAACAUGAAAAGCUGUAUUCCGAUCAAGUUUGCCUUUUGUUCCCAGUUCUUCGGCCAGGUCCUCCUCUUCUAUUGUAUCUCGCAUUCCCCGGAUCCCCGUCUCCGCAGUACGCUGCCCCCGGACUGGGAGCGCUGGAGUCAGGAAAUGCUGCAGUUCUUGGAAGAUUGUGCGCCUUUUAGUCCUGCUGUUGCGAAGGAUUUGGAGCUUUUGAGGCUUUUAUGA